AUGCCGCCGCCCACCGCCGGCCGUCUCUCGGCCCUUGUCCGCCGGUGCGCGGCGGGCGGAGCGCUUUCCCCGGGCGCGCAGGUCCACGCACAGGGCCUGGUCGGCGGGCUGCUUCCGGACGCCACCCUGGACACCGAUUUCGUCCUGCUCUACAGCCGCUGCGGGGCGCUCCAUAGCGCCCGCCAGGUGUUCGACGGAAUGUCCUUUCCGUCCAUGCACGCUUACAACGUCCUCCUCUUGGCCUCCCCGCCAGGGGCGGCCGUGGAGCUCAUCUCCCGCCUCCUCGCCUCGGGGUUGCGCCCCGACAGGUACUCCAUCCCCGCCGUGCUCCGCGCGUGCGCUGAGCUGCGGGACACGCUCCUUGGCACUGUGUUCCAUUGCUUCGCUCUCCGGCUCGGGUUGCUAGCUAAUGUUGUAGUUUCCGGCGCGCUGCUGGACAUGUACGCUAAGACCGGGAUGCUGGCUGAUGCGGCCAGAGUGUUUAACGAGAUGCCAGAGAGAGACACCGUUGUAUGGAACUGCAUGGUUACUGGGUAUGCGAGGGCUGGGAGCUCAGAAGAAACUCUGGAACUUUUUAGGAAGGCACAGAUUGAAUCCGUGGAUAUGGCAAGGGAUCUGCGGGCUGUGCCAAAUGUGUUGAAUGUCUGUGCAAAUGAAGGGCAGCUGAUGAAAGGGGAGAGAGAUCCAUGGUAG